AUGUCGAAGUUGUUGGUGAAGAUGUUAAAGAAAAAACAGAGAAAAGAGUCACUUCUUAGACACGGUUGCCCAUCUUACCGCCAGUGCCGUACCAGCCACGGGACGUCAACUGCAUGCCGGUGCAACGGCUCGCUAAACGAACGCUAUGUUUUCAGCGCGCGUGGUUCGAUAGCUUUCCAUGGCUCCACUUUGACGCUAACGUUAGCGGAGUACUCUGCUUUACUUGUGCUGAAGCACAACCUGAAAUUCCAGUCUUCCAACAACGACGUUGACGCACAGUUAAGUACGCACCAUCUUGAAGAACAAACGAAGGCGCGCAACGCUCUGCUGAAGAUUGUGACGACCGUCCAGUAUCUAGCGCAGCAGGGACUGGCAAUACGCGGCAAAGAGUCAAGCGACGGUAAUUUCAUGAAGUUGUUAGAGCUGCGGAGCAACGAUGACGUCGUGUUACAGAGGUGGUUGACACGCACAACUUCAUACACAAGCGUUGCCGUGCAAAACGAACUGUUAAAAAUCAUGGCACACAUGGUGCUGCGAAAUAUUUGCAAGAACGUGGGCCUUUUUGCAGCCAUUGUCGACGGAACUCAAGACAUCCAAGGCGUUGAACAGGAGGCAAUAUGCGUGCGAUAUAUAGACGACGCUUACGACGUUCACGAGGACUUUAUCGGUCUGUACAGCGUAUCUGAGACGACUGGUGCCAGCCUCAGCAAUAUGCUGCAAGACGCGUUGCUCAGACUCAACCUCCCAAUCACGCAUCUGAGAGCGCAAACGUAUGACGGAGCCAGCAAUAUGUCGGGCAAAUACCAAGGCUGCCAAGCACUGAUCAAGAAAGUACAACCACUGGCAAACUACACGCAUUGCGGUGCACACAUCACGCACCUCAUCUGUGCGAAGGCCAUCGAGAAAUUGGCUGAUUUGAAAGAUGUUGAUUGUCUACUUGGUCAGCAGAUUGGAAGCGAUGUUGAGAGUCAUUAA